AUGCCUUCUGCUCGUGACACGCUGGCUGAGUUGAGGGCCCUUCGUGCUUCCGGCAAGAAGCGCAUUUCCACCUAUGAAGUUGAGGACCAGGGCGACAUUUACGAUGAGGUGGACGACGACGGCUACAAAAAAGUUAUUCGCAGCCGCUUGGACGAAGACGAUUUUGUUGUCGACGACAAUGGCGCUGGCUACGCAGACGACGGCCGUGAAGUAUGGAACGAAGGCACAGAAGAAUACGACAGCGAAGAUAGCGAUGAAUUACCAGCCCGUGGCAAAGCGGCCAAGCGAAAGCGCGAGGAGGAGAAGCAACGGAAAGAAAAGAUCAACAACGGCAUCUCCAAAUAUUUCAAUGCCGGUCAAGCAACCUCAAAUGCUCCCAAGCCCAAGCCGCUUGCUACGGCCGAGGAUGACGCCUUCAUGGCAGAUCUUCUCGGUGAGGUUGAUACAAAUGUGGUUGCCAACAAAGUUCCUACCCCGAGUAUUGUGAAAUCAGAGGCCCGUCGCAAGGUCCGCGUCCUAUCCCCACCUUUGUCCGAGAAACGACAGCAAAAGCCCCGUGCAAGAGACGAAAAUGACGCUCCUAGCUCCCCGCCAAUAAAGGAGCAGCCUUUCCACUCGGACGACCUUGAUGAUGGCCCACUUCCUAUGGCCGACGAUGACGACGUGGAUAUGGGCGAUCCCAUGCCUUCUUCUCCUAUCACCAAAGCCGUCGAGCGUAAGAGUGCUAUAGUGCCAGUGAAGACUGAGGAGGAAGAUGAAGAUGAUGUCGACAUGAUGGACGUUGCUGAGGCUACUGUCUCGUCAAACAGCAAGACAGCCAAUAUCAACAUGACUGGUAGUCGGCCGCCUCCCAAGCUCAAGAAGGAAAUUCUCCCAACACCCGCCAGCUCAUCACCGGCCAAGGCUGCACCAGAGGUCAUGGAUCCUUCGUGGAAUGAUGUCCGGAGCAAGCUGAACGUUGUCAGUAGCCCGGCCCCGGAGAUGCGCUCUUUCGGAAAGCUGCGAGCGCAGGAUGUUGUUGAAGAAGACGGUAGCCUACGCUUUUUCUGGCUCGACUAUACUGAGGUCAAUGGAGCUCUGUGUCUCUUUGGAAAGGUCAAAAAUAAGCAGAACGGUUCAUAUGCUAGUGCCUUCGUCAAAGUCGACAAUGUCCUGCGAAAGCUCUUCUUUCUCCCUCGCGAGAACCGGGUGAAGCAUGGAAGAGAGACGGAAGAAGAGGUUGGUAUGGAAGACGUCUACCAAGAGGUUGAUGAGACGAUGUCGCGGAUGAAAGUCGGCAUGCACAAGAUCAAGCCUUGUACUCGAAAGUACGCAUUCGAGUUGCCUGGUGUCCCAAAGGAGGCCGAAUACUUGAAACUCUUGUAUCCUUACCACAAGCCUGCACUUCCUAUGGACAUCAAGGGAGAGACAUUCUCCCACGUUUUCGGCACCAACACCUCCCUGUUCGAGCAAUUUGUUCUUUGGAAGAACAUUAUGGGUCCUUGCUGGUUAAGGAUUGAUGAAGCCGAUUUCUCAGCGGUCAACAACGCAUCCUGGUGCAAGUUUGAGUGCCAAGCUUCCAAGCCAGCGCUCAUCUCUUCGGUCCCCGACUCGGAGAACCUAGAGAUGCCGCCUUUAACCCUCAUGAGUCUAUCUUUCCGAACCCAGCUCAGUGUUAAGGAGAACAAGCAGGAAAUCUUGUUGGCAAGUGCUCGAGUAUACGAGAACGUCUCCUUGACGGACACAACUCCGCCCGAGAAGCUUCCUUGCAAAACAUUCACUGUAAUGCGACCUUCUGGUACCUCAUACCCGAUACAUUUCGAAGCCGAAACAAGGAAGCAGCGGGGUACCUUCAUGCUUGAGAAGAGCGAACAAUUCUUGCUAAGCAAGUUUCUCGCCUUGUUCGAAAAGAUGGACCCUGACGUUAUCAUGGGUCACCAGCUACAAGACGUUGACCUUAGCAUUCUUCUUAAUCGCUUGCGAGAGAAGAAGACUCCUGGUUGGCACCGCAUUGGCCGACUUAGACGUGGUGAUUGGCCUAAAAACUUUAACAAGGGCGGUAGCUUCUUUGCUGAGAGGCAGCUUAUUGCAGGUCGCCUUCUUUGUGAUACCGCCAAUGAUAUGGGCAAGUCUCUCAUGAUGAAAUGUCAAUCGUGGAGCUUGACGGAAAUGUGCCAGCUGUAUCUCGGCGAGGGCAACAACCGUCAAGAUCUUGAUGUUGAAGCGGCCCUAAAAUCAUGGGCGUCCACGAAAGAGGGCCUGAUGAAUUUCGUCAAUCAUGCCGACACCGACACAUAUUUCAUCGCCGCCCUGGUACUACGAUUGCAGAUGCUGCCUCUCACCAAGGUACUAACCAACAUUGCCGGUAACUCUUGGGCACGUACUUUAAGUGGUACCCGUGCAGAGCGUAAUGAGUACAUCUUGCUACACGAGUUCCACCGCAACAAGUAUAUAUGUCCAGACAAGUACUCUUCGCGACUGCAGAAAGCCGAGGAGAAGCUUAUGCAGGAUGGGGACGAUGAUGAGACCGUUGACAAGAAAAAGAAGGACAAGUACAAGGGUGGUCUUGUCUUCGAGCCCGAGAAGGGUCUCUAUGACCGUUUCGUCCUGGUCAUGGACUUUAACAGUUUGUAUCCUAGUAUCAUUCAGGAGUACAAUAUCUGUUUCACGACGGUCGAUCGACACUCUACGGCUGAGAAUGAGAACGAGGAGAAAGUGCCUGAGGUCCCCUCGUCGGACUCCGAACAAGGCAUUCUGCCGCGACUCAUUGCUACUCUGGUCGGCCGUCGACGCGAAGUCAAGAAGUUGAUGAAAGAUAAGCGUGCGACACCCGAGCAGCUUGCACUGUGGGAUACGAAGCAACUUGCCUUCAAGCUUACUGCUAACUCCAUGUACGGAUGUCUGGGUUAUACCCAGAGCCGAUUCUACGCUCGGCCCCUGGCCAUGCUCACCACCUUCAAAGGUCGUGAGAUUCUGAGAAGUACAAAGGAGCUUGCCGAAAGCACCAACCUGCGUGUCAUCUACGGUGAUACAGAUUCCGUCAUGAUCAACACCAACAUGGACACCAUUAGCGAGGCGCUCAAGGUCGGUGAAGAGUUCAAGAAGGCUGUCAAUGAGCGAUAUCGGUUACUGGAGAUCGACAUUGACAAUGUCUUCCGCCGGCUUCUUUUGCAUGCCAAGAAAAAGUACGCUGCUGUGAACCUUACUGAGGUCGACGGCAAGUACGUUGAAAAGCUGGAGGUGAAGGGCCUGGAUAUGAAGCGCCGAGAAUACUGUGCUCUUUCCAAGGAGGUGUCGGCGAAACUUCUCAAUGAGAUCUUGUCUGGCGAGGACCAAGAAGUUGUCCUCAACAAGAUCCAUGAGUAUCUGCGGGAGCUCGCCGAGAAAAUGAAGGAGUUUGCUAUCCCUGUCCAAAAAUAUGUUAUUUACACGAAACUGUCGAAACGACCGGAUGAAUACCCGAACAAGGAGAGCAUGCCUCCAGCACAGGUCGCUCUCCGAGAGAUCGCCCGCGGCAAGAAUAUACGACCAAAUGAUGUCAUUUCGUACAUUGUGACCAGUGGAGACUCGGAGACCGCGUCUCUGCCUCCUGCCAAGCGAUCUUACAGCCCGCAAGAUGUGCUGAAGUCGAACUCAGGUCUUAAGCCAGAUGUCGAGUUCUACUUGCUAAAGCAAAUCUUCCCUCCUAUUGAGCGUCUCUGUGCCCCGAUCCCCGGCACCGAUGCUGUCCGUCUUGCCGAGUGUCUUGGACUUGACACUCGCAAGUACCAGAUCAACACUUCUAGUGCAAGCAACAAUCAGAACGCAGAGAUCUUCCCUCUUGAGUCACAGGUUCCGGACUCCGUCCGCUUUGCUGAGGCUGCACGGUUGACCCUGAGGUGCCGGUUCUGCAAGGAGCACUCAGUCUUCGAGGGCUUGGCAGGUUCAACCCAAAUGUGCUCUGCCAAUGGCAUUAUCUGCCCAAAUCAGAACUGCCAGAAACCCUUUGCAGUCCUGACUAUUAUCGCCCAGCUGGAAAGCCAGAUCCGCGAACAAACUGCUCGGUACUACGAGGGAUGGCUCGUCUGUGAUGACUCGUCCUGCGGCAACCGCACCCGCCAGAUCAGCGUUUACGGACACCGCUGUCUGGGUCCACGCGGCCGUGCCGAGGGCUGUCUUGGCCGGAUGUCGUAUGAGUACACCGAGAAGCAGAUCUACAAUCAGCUUCUGUACUUUGCCGGCCUCUGGGACGUCGACAAGGCCAAGGCUGCUGCCAAUAAAGAAUCUGGAGAGAAGAAGGACAGUGUGACAGCGCUCGCUGAGUUCAAUCGAAUACGGUUUGGCACUAUCAAGACGGUGGUCGACAGCUAUCUGAAGAAGUGUGGGCGGCAAUGGGUCGAGAUGGAUACGAUUUUCCGCUUCAUGUUACAAUAA